GGGGGUGGGGCGAAGCUGUCCCCUGCCGCCAUUGGAUGUCGCUAUGCAGGCCCGACGGUCCUCCCCCUUCGCUACCUCCCUGCGGUGCGGGCAUUCCAUGGAGGUGGCGGAAGCAACAGAUGCGGCUGUGCGUUUCUUCGGACGCCCGUAGCCAGUACCUGGCCGUGCUGCGCGGGGGCCACCGCCGCCCCGAGCAUCCGCCGGCGAGAUGGCCGGGUCCCGGCGGGCGGCGAGUGACGAGGCUGGCACGGUGGGCUCCGGGCAGCCCAUCGUCUGGCGCAACGUGGUGCUGAUGGGGCUGCUGCACCUGAGCGCCGUCUACGCGCUCAGCCUAGUGCCGCGGGCGCAGCUCCUCACCCUCCUCUGGGCAUAUUUCUGUUUCCUGAUGACAGCCCUGGGUGUGACAGCUGGUGCACAUCGCCUGUGGAGCCACCGUUCCUACAAAGCCAAGCUGCCUUUGCGUAUCUUCCUAGCUGCAGCUAACUCCAUGGCUUUCCAGAAUGACAUCUACGAGUGGAGUCGAGACCACCGUGUGCACCACAAGUACUCAGAGACAGAUGCAGACCCGCACAAUGCCCGCCGUGGCUUCUUCUUCUCCCACAUUGGUUGGCUGUUUGUGCGCAAGCACCGUGAUGUAAUAGAGAAGGGGAAGAAGCUGGAUUUCACAGACCUGUUGGACGAUCCUGUUGUCAGGUUCCAAAGAAAGUACUACAAGAUUUCAGUUGUGCUGAUGUGUUUUGUGAUCCCUACCUUUGUGCCAUGGUAUCUCUGGGGUGAGAGUCUGUGGAAUGCCUACUUCCUUGCCUCCAUACUGCGGUACACCAUCUCCCUCAAUGUCACCUGGCUGGUCAACAGUGCUGCUCACAUGUAUGGCAACCGCCCUUAUGACAAGUAUAUCAACCCCAGGCAGAACACUUUUGUUACCUUGGGAGCCAUUGGCGAGGGAUUCCACAACUACCACCAUACCUUCCCAUUUGACUACUCAGCCAGUGAGCUGGGCUUGAAGUUCAACCCCACCACCUGGUUCAUUGACUUCAUGUUUUGGUUAGGGUUGGUCACUGACCGGAAGCAGGCUCCAAAGGAGAUGAUCCAGGCUCGCAAGGAAAGGACUGGAGAUGGCAGUGCUUGAAAAGUAAUACUUUGCUGUGCCAAUGCUGUCAUACAUGUGGGUGGGUGUGCAUUCACCCCCGUGCCUGUGGUGGAUUUAUUUUCCUCUGGGUAAAAUUUUUUUUUUCAGAGUAGUUGAGCCAAAUCAUUUCCCCAGGAACAGAUUUGGUACAGGCUCUUUUUCUGUAUUGGCUGUCUUAUGUCCAAACUUGAGUGUAAAAAUGCUAUAUAUUAUUUAAUCUUACAGUUAAGCAGGAGAGAGAUUUGAUUUUGUCUGCAAUUUGCUUGUUCAUGGUAAACAUUGGAGGAGCUAACCUUUCCUGCAGUUAGAGGAGAUUUUUGUUUGUACUAUUAAUCAAAGGUGCUUUUGAGACACAUCUCCCUGAGGGGAUGGGGCAGGCCCCAACGUGCUGUUUCAAGUACAGUCUAAUGGACAGGACAGUAACAGCAUUGACGAAGAACAGGAUGUCCAAAGGGAAAAAUCAGCUUAAAUUUAUUUAGAUGUUAGUUUGAAAACUUGUGUUCUUUUUGGUAGCCCUGUUAGCCAUCCCAGUGUGCUGCUGUGAAUAGGAAAAAAAUAAAUAUGAAACCCAUUUAUUGCUGCGCAGGCUUUUGUGUUGAAGAUUAGUCUCUAUAUGGGCCAGAAUACCAAUAAAUGCUGUGUUGAGAUGAUUCCUUUGUUGUCACAUAUACAUUGUAAUUUGUAAAUGUGUACACUUCAACCAUGUCUUAAGCCAAAUAAGGCUUCAUCUUCAGUGUUUGAUGACUUGAGUUAUACUCUAAUCAGUCAUGGCCAUCAAUGCAUGCAUAUUUUACCUCCUUUAGCAUAAGAAGCCUUUUAAUUUCUUCUUCUGCCAUUGACUAGCAGAUCUUAAAAAACUGACCUUUAUCUAAGUCAGGGUAUCUACUAAUAUUUCAGCUGCAUGCAACAUCCAUUGGUUUCUGAGCAAAAAUAUAAAAACAGUUACAUAGCUUCUGAAUUUUAACAGUUGCCUUGUUUAAAAUCAAAAAAGGAAAAAAAAAAGUUUUAAUGGAGCAUGUAGAAAUAUUUAUAGCCCUUUGUGUUAAAUGUUAGCCAGUGCAAGGGAAAGAAUUUGUACUGUAAGCACUGGAGCACUUUUGAAGAUAAUGGGCAUGAUUUCCAUUUAUAAGAAGGUCAUCACCUUGUCCCUUGGAGAGGGUGUGCCAGUUUUCCAGCUGCAUGACUCUACACCCUGGGCAAGAGAGGGAUGUCAAGAUAAAUGAAACUAUUUCCCAGAUAGAUGUAGAACUGGAAAAGAAAUAUUUUUUCUGUUUCCUGUUUUUAAAUGAUGCCAUGUAAUAUAAAAGAGUUGUCUUUAUUCUGUAUUUUAUUCAGCAAGUGUUUUAACAGUGUUACUUUGCCAUUAUUGAUGUGUAAACUCUUGAGUGAUUUACAAUAAACAUUUACAAGUUAG